CCGAAAGUUCGUAUAAAUAUCUCCAUAAAAAAAAUCUACUUCCAUCACCUUUUUCUUUCAGGAUCACGCUUUUCAGGUGAUUAAAAAGGAUCAACACGCCGGAAAAAUCAUGUCGACGGUCACUCUUGAGCCUCUAAUCCACCAUUCUUUCCGUCGAACACCGAAAUUUUGCUUAAAUCACCGACAGCCUUCUCCGUCAUCUGUAAAUUACACGCGGAGGCCGCUCUCGGUUGGCGCUGCGAGGUUGAGCUUCUGCAACUGCAAGCAUCGCCCUCGAAGGAAAGCUCUUGCUGUCCGAGCUAGCUCCACAGUUAUCGAAACUUCCGAGGUCGUCUUCGAAGAGACUUUCGAUUUGAAACGAACUCAAAGAGUAGAAGGAAGGAUAUCAAUCAGAUUUGAUAGUGGGAGGGAUGAAGAGAACUGGAAGCUCACUAUAGGGUGCAAUCUACCAGGGAAGUGGGUUCUUCAUUGGGGAGUUCAUUAUGUGGGAGACUCUGGAAGUGAGUGGGAUCAACCGCCUCUAGAGAUGCGACCCCAAGGUUCUAUUACCAUCAAGGAUUAUGCAAUUGAGACUCCUUUAAAGAGAUUGUCCACAGCUUUGGAAGGAGAAUCGUUUUAUGAAGUGGAGAUUGGCUUAAAUAUUAACAGUCAAAUUGCAGCUAUAAAUUUUGUGUUGAAGGAUGAGGAAACUGGAGCUUGGUAUCAACACAGGGGGAUGGACUUCAGAGUGCCUCUCAUGGACUAUGCUCAUGAUGAUAGUAACAUGGUAGGAGGAAAAAAGGGCUUCGGAAUAUGGACAGGGGCGCUUGGGCAGCUGUCUGACAUGCUCCUUAAAUCUGAAGUCGAUCAUACUAAAGGUGAAAAUGGAAGCAAUGGCUCAAGUGAACCUAGGGAACAAACUAGGUGCCUUGCAGAAUUCUAUGAAGAGCAUGUUAUUGUCAAAGAGACUCUUGUUGACAAUUCAGUUACUGUCUCAGUAAAAGAGUAUCCAGAGACAGCUAAAAAUCUUUUACAGAUAGAUACUGAUAUACCAGGAGAUGUACUCAUUCACUGGGGUGUCUGCAGAGAUGAGGGUAAAAACUGGGAACUUCCCGCUAAACCAUAUCCAACAGAAACUACAAUAUUCAAGAAUAAGGCACUACGAACUUUGCUGCAGCAAAAAGAUGAUGGAUCUGGUUCUCAGAGAUCAUUUACUUUGGAUGAAGGACCUGUAGGAUUUGUUUUUGUACUGAAGCUAGAUGACGGCACAUGGUUGAAUUGCAAGGGGAAUGACUUUUAUGUGCCUCUGCCUAGGAGCACAAAAGGUCAACUAAGCGCGACUGAAUCUGAAGUUGAAACGCAAAACAAGGAGCUGGAUUCCUUAGGGGCAUCUGGCUCUACUUCCGAAGCAAUGGAGGCUUCUUUGUAUACUGAUGAAAUCAUUAAUGAGAUUAGAAAUUUGGUCACUGACAUUUCUUCUGAAAAGAACAGAAAUACAAAAACCAAAGAAGCACAAGAGGGCAUCCUUCAGGAAAUUGAGAAGCUAGCUGCAGAAGCCUACAGUAUAUUCAGAAGCUCAGUUCCAACAUUCUCUGAAAGUGCUCUGUUAGAAGCUGAGGCUUUAAAACCUCCCACCAAAAUAUCUUCAGGAACUGGUUCAGGACAUGAGAUCUUAUGCCAGGGCUUUAACUGGGAGUCUCAUAAAUCUGGAAGAUGGUAUUUGGAGCUACAAGAAAAGGCUGAACUGUUAUCAUCACUUGGUAUUACCGUAGUCUGGUUACCUCCUCCUACAGAGUCAGUAUCACCUGAAGGCUACAUGCCGAAGGAUUUAUAUAACUUAAACUCUAGAUAUGGAACUAUUGAUGAGUUAAAAGUUAUUGUGAAGAGAUUCCAUGAAGUGGGAAUCCAGGUUCUUGGCGAUGUUGUUUUAAACCAUCGGUGUGCUAGUUCCCGGAAUCAAAAUGGUGUCUGGAAUAUCUUUGGUGGUCGUCUUAAUUGGGAUGAUCGUGCAGUUGUUGCUGACGAUCCACAUUUCCAGGGAAGGGGCAAUAAGAGUAGCGGAGAUAAUUUCCAUGCUGCUCCAAAUAUUGAUCAUUCCCAAGAAUUUGUGAGGAAGGAUCUCAAGGAAUGGUUAUGCUGGCUGAGGGAAGAAAUUGGUUAUGAUGGAUGGAGACUUGAUUUUGUUCGGGGAUUCUGGGGAGGCUAUGUGAAGGAUUACUUGGAAACAAGUGAGCCUUACUUUGCUGUUGGUGAGUAUUGGGAUUCCCUUAGUUAUACGUAUGGAGAGAUGGAUCACAAUCAAGAUGCUCAUAGACAAAGAAUUGUUGACUGGAUUAAUGCAACUAAUGGAACCGCUGGUGCAUUUGAUGUCACAACAAAGGGAAUUCUUCAUUCUGCAAUUGAGAGAUGUGAAUACUGGAGAUUAUCAGACACGAAAGGUAAGCCUCCAGGAGUUGUUGGCUGGUGGCCAUCUCGUGCUGUGACCUUUAUAGAGAAUCAUGAUACGGGUUCUACACAGGGUCAUUGGAGAUUUCCAGGUGGAAAGGAAAUGCAAGGAUAUGCUUACAUCCUUACACACCCAGGAACCCCAUCUGUUUUCUACGACCAUGUUUUCUCUGGGUAUCAAUCUGAAAUAGGAUCUCUCCUCUCCCUCAGGAAGCGGAACAAGAUCCAUUGUCGGAGUACGGUCAAAAUAACCAAGGCAGAAAGGGAUGUUUAUGCAGCAAUGAUUGAUGAAAAGUUGGCGGUGAAAAUCGGACCAGGCUAUUACGAACCCCCAAGUGGACCCCAGAACUGGUCUGUGGCUCUCGAAGGCAGUGAUUACAAGGUCUGGGAAUCAUCAUAAGAGAAACCGCAGUUGCCAUUUAACGUUUGAAGCAUUUAAGAACAAGUUACUCGAGAUUGUCUCUGUGACUAGGUAAAAUUGUUUGCCUACUCGUCAGGGGCAAAUUCCUUUGGAAAGUUCAGUGCUUUUGUACUUGUACGCAUGUUACUAUUUAUUGUAGUUAGUAUUCAGGUUUGCUGGCCUCGUAUAUAUUAGUCUUCUUCAUACAUGAUGUAUAGAUACAAAACAUAUAUUGUGUUGCCUUUUGGAUGGUAGCAAUAGAGAAAGCUUCCAUGGUCUAUAGUAUUCAGUAUUCCAGUUAUUACAAUUGUAAGAUUAGAAACAAUAAUGUAUUAGCAGCAGCAGAUAUAUCUAUAUAU